UACAAUUCCUGGAUUAUGAAUGGUAUGAGGAUCGCGAAUCGCUUUGUUCGCAGGACUGCCUCCCCGUUGAGUUGCCCGCAGAUAUGGCUCUCUCUUUCUGUGGCAACGACACCACCACCGCUUACAACGUCGACGACGGCGUCUUAAACAACGGCUGCUUCGUGGAUGCCCUCAAUUUAGUCCCCCACGUCUUUCUCCUCUUCAUCACUUUCCCUAUAUUAUUUAUCGGCGGUGCACCCAGAAUCCAUUCCACUCAUGCCCCCCUCACCACUCCGCAAUGCCGAAUGCCACAGGACAGUCGGAACGGUUGGGGAAGUCAAAGUUCGAAGGUUCAGAUCCACCACAACACAUGGUUACACUUCCCGGGGCACAGUUUCCGAUGGAUCCUCACGUUUAUACUUCUCUUUGUACUUGUCUGUGAAAUCGCAGAGGGAAUGGUUUCAGACAGGAAGAUGAAUACACGGCACCUUCACCUCUUCAUGCCUGCAACCAUGGGAUUUAUAGCUGCAACCACAUCUAUUGUUUACUAUCAUAAUAUAGAAACUUCCAACUUUCCCAAGUUAUUAUUAGCCCUUUUUAUCUACUGGGUCCUGGCUUUUAUCACAAAGUCCAUUAAACUGGUGAAGUAUUGUGAUCAUGGUGUCAACAUGUCCCAGCUGCGGUUCUGCAUAACACUUAUGUUGGUCUUCCUUUACGGGUCGCUGAUGGCUGUAGAAAUUAACGUGAUCAUUUUCAGGAAAUAUGUGUUCUUUAACAACCCGAAGAAAGUGAAACCUCCUGAGGACUUGCAAGAUCUGGGAGUGAGAUUCCUACAGCCGUUUGUUAACUUGCUAUCGAAAGCUACAUACUGGUGGAUGAACACACUCAUCAUUUCAGCCCACAAGAGACCAAUAGACCUAAAGACUAUUGGUAAACUCCCCAUAGCCACAAGGGCUCUGACCAACUACAUGUUACUGAAGGAAGCUUAUGAAGAGCAGAAGAAGAACGAGUGCCUACCAGAGGGUCGACCUCUGUCCAUAUGGCGAUCCAUGUACAGGGCUUACGGCCGACCUAUCCUCCUCAGCAGCACAUUCCGCUACCUCGCUGACCUCUUGGGUUUCGCUGGACCCCUCUGCAUCUAUAAAAUUGUGGACCAUCUUAGCAAGACACCCAACUCGAACAGCACAGUCAAUGGAACGAUCAACAUUAUGGAAGAAGCUGUCUUUGCAGAGAAUCAGUCAGACAAAGUAAAAUUUCUGGGCGUCUAUUUUCUGUCAUCGAAGGAAUUCUUGGAGAACGCUUAUGUUCUGGCAGUGUUGCUCUUUCUCGCACUCAUUCUACAGAGAACAUUUUUACAAGCGUCCUACUAUGUGGCCAUUGAAACUGGAAUCAAUUUACGUGGAGCCUUACUGGCCAUGAUCUACAAUAAGAUUCUCUGUCUAUCCACCUCCAAUAUGUCAAUGGGAGAAAUGACCUUAGGCCAAAUCAAUAAUCUUGUUGCCAUUGAAACAAACCAGCUGAUGUGGUUCCUGUUUCUUUGUCCUAAUCUGUGGGCCAUGCCAGUUCAGAUCAUCAUGGGUGUGAUCUUGUUGUACUACAUGCUGGGAAUCAGUGCUCUGAUUGGUGCAUCUGUCAUAGCACUGCUUGCUCCCCUGCAAUACUUCAUAGCGACCAAGCUUGCAGAUGCACAGAAAAGUACGCUGGACUACUCCACAGAAAGACUGAAGAAUACCAAUGAGAUUUUGAAGGGCAUCAAACUUCUGAAGCUCUAUGCCUGGGAGCACAUUUUUUGCAACAAUGUAGAGAAAACAAGAAUGCAAGAGUUAACCAGUCUCAAGAGCUUUGCACUCUACACAUCCUUAUCCAUGUUUAUGAAUGCAGCGAUACCGAUUGCAGCAGUAUUGGUGACCUUUGUGGCGUAUACACACUUCAACUCAUCGGAUCUGUCCUCUGCUGUGGCCUUUGCUUCAUUGUCUCUUUUCAACAUCUUGGUGACGCCAUUAUUUCUGCUCUCCACUGUGGUCAGAUUCACAGUUAAAGCUCUAGUCAGUGAACAAAAGUUGAACGAGUUUCUGACCAGUGACGAGAUUUCGAACGAUGGAUUUCGGAGUGGUGAGACCUCACUGAAUGUAGAAACAUGCAAAAAACAUUCAGGAGUUCACACCAAGGCUUUCCACAGAAGACAGGCCCUAAAGGGGCAGCUGGAAGGAUAUGAACAGCCACAGAGGAGAUACAUUCAGUCCAGGGAGACUGAAGAUGUGUUGGUCAAGGUCACCAAUGGAUCAUUUUCUUGGGGCAGUGGUGUGGUAACUCUUUCAGAUAUCAGCAUAAGAAUUCCAACAGGCCAGCUGACAAUGAUAGUAGGGCAGGUAGGAUGUGGGAAAUCUUCACUUCUCCUGGCGACCCUUGGAGAGAUGCUGAAAGUUUCUGGCAACGUACACUGGAGCAAGGAACCUGAAAAUGAGGUGAACCAAGAAACAUCAUGGAGUGCACAUGAGAUUGAGCCUGUGUUGGAGGCGACUGGGAGAACCCGAAAUUCUGUUGCUUAUUCUGCUCAGAAGCCUUGGUUGCUAAAUACAACUGUGGAGGAAAACAUCACCUUUGGGAGUCCUUUUAUAAAGCAAAGGUACAAAGCCGUGAUUGAUGCCUGUUCACUGCAGCCUGACAUUGAUCUGUUACCGUUUGGAGACCAAACCGAAAUUGGAGAGAGGGGGAUUAACCUGAGUGGAGGUCAGAGGCAGAGAAUCUCUGUAGCUCGAGCCUUGUAUCAAGACACUAGUACAGUAUUCCUGGAUGAUCCAUUCUCUGCCCUGGAUAUUCACCUCAGUGAUCACCUGAUGCAGGAAGGAAUCCUCAAGUUCCUCCGAGAAGACAAGCGAACUAUUGCUCUGGUGACACAUAAACUGCAGUACCUGACACAUGCUGACUGGAUAAUUGCCAUGAAAGAUGGAACUAUCAUUAGAGAAGGCACCUUGAAGGACUUUCAGCACCAUGACGUGGAACUGUAUGAGCAAUGGAAAACCCUUAUGAACCGACAGGAUCAGGAAUUCGAAAAGGAAACUGAAGGUGAAAGCCAGACAAUUCUUGAAAGGAAAACCUUGCGGAGAGCGAUGUAUUCUCGAGAAGCCAAAGCUCAAAUGGAUGAUGAAGAUGAAGAAGAAGAUGAAGAAGAUGAUGAAGAAGAUAACAUGUCUACAGUGAUGAGGCUUCGGACAAAAAUGCCUUGGCGAGCUUUCUGGAGAUACCUGACCUCAGGAGGGUUCCUUCUGCUCUUCUUGCUCAUAAUUUCCAAGUUACUAAAACAUUCUGUCAUGGUGGCCAUUGACUUUUGGCUGGCAAAAUGGACAUCUGUGCACAUGAGCCAACCACCGUCAGAUAAGGCUGAGCAGAAUUGCUACAAAAUGUGGUAUAGCAUCCUGUGUAGUGUUGGCAUCAUGCUGUGUCUCAUCACGUCUCUGACUGUGGAGUGGAUGGGGCUAACAGCAGCCAAAAACCUCCACCGUAAUCUCCUAAACAAGAUCAUCCUAGCACCAGUGAGAUUCUUUGACUCGACACCACUGGGCCAAAUCCUCAAUCGUUUUUCUGCUGACACAAACAUAAUAGAUCAGCAUAUUCCACCGACACUGGAGUCCUUGACCAGAUCAAUCUUCCUCUGUCUGUCAGCAAUAGGUGUUCUUUCGUACGUCACGCCAAUCUUCCUUGUGGCUUUAUUGCCUUUUGGUGUUGCCUUCUACUUUAUACAGAAGUACUUCCGGGUUGCUUCAAAGGAUCUUCAGGAGCUGGAUGACAGUACACAGUUACCUCUACUGUGCCAUUUCUCAGAAACCGCAGAAGGGCUCACAACAAUCCGAGCAUUCCGACAUGAAUCCAGGUUCAAACAGCGUAUGCUGGAGCUCACCGAUGCCAAUAACAUUGCCUACUUGUUCCUGUCAGCUGCCAACAGAUGGCUGGAAGUUAGAACGGAUUAUCUUGGUGCCUACAUUGUACUCACUGCAGCUCUGGCCUCCAUAAUGUAUUCCUCUUACUACAGCCUUUCAUCUGGUCUUGUCGGAUUUGGUCUUACCUAUGCACUAACGGUUUGUAAUUACCUCAAUUGGGUGGUUAGGAACCUUGCUGACCUGGAAGUGCAGAUGGGAGCCGUGAAGAAGGUCAACAGUUUCCUGAACAUUGAGAGUGAGAAUUACGAAGGAACCAUGGACCCAUCCCAGGUCCCAGAAGACUGGCCACAGCAAGGAGAGAUAAAAAUUCAGGACCUCUGUGUUCGAUAUGACCCAAGUCUCAAACCGGUGCUUAAACAUGUCAAAGCCUACAUCACACCUGGCCAAAAGGUCGGGAUCUGUGGGCGCACUGGCAGUGGAAAAUCAUCCCUGUCUCUGGCUUUUUUCAGGAUGGUGGAUAUAUUUGAAGGUAAAAUUGUCAUUGAUGGGAUAGACAUCAGUAAACUCCCUCUUCAUACUCUCCGCUCCAGACUUUCCAUCAUUUUGCAAGAUCCUGUACUUUUUAGUGGAUCCAUUCGUUUUAACUUGGACCCCGAGUGCAAGUGCACUGAUGACAGGUUGUGGGAGGCAUUGGAAAUAGCACAGCUAAAGAACAUGGUCAAAUCGCUACCGGGAGGAUUAAAUGCCAUGGUUACUGAAGGUGGAGAGAACUUCAGUGUUGGACAGAGACAGCUAUUCAGUUUGGCCAGGGCCUUUGUACGAAAGAGCAGCAUUCUGAUUAUGGAUGAGGCUACAGCUUCCAUUGACAUGGCUACAGAGAGCAUUUUGCAGAAAGUGGUGAUGACAGCCUUUGCUGAUCGCACUGUGGUGACAAUCGCACAUCGAGUACACACCAUCCUAACCGCGGACCUGGUUAUUGUGAUGAAGCGGGGCAACAUUCUCGAAUAUGAUAAACCUGAAAGUCUCCUGGCCCAUGAGGGAGGCAUCUUUGCAUCUUUUGUAAAGGCUGAUAUGUAAAAAUUCCCGAUCUCUCAUAUUCCACGUCAAUCUUUUUUCCCUCUGCAACCAUGGUUUUUGCCUUUUAUUAUCUAAAGUUUACCGCAGUCUUCCUUAAGUCUGAAAAACAUGCUUUCAUAUACUCUCUCCAAGAUGAAAAAUACUGUGGCACUCUUGCUUUAACCAAUAGCUGUCAUUAUAAUGUGUCACAGUCCACUAGCCUACGCAAGCAUUAGCCUUAAAACGAGUGAAUUUUCACUUUAAUGAGCUGUGAAAUUCAUAGCAGUCCCAGAGAAUUGCCACUGUACAAGACUGAAUAGAUUUAUUCUAACUUUUCAGAAUUACAUGUGGAAUGUCAAUCAUCAUUUCAGUAUUUUGUGAGAAUAUCUUUUAUACUCUAAGUGUUGCAAUAUGACUGAGGCUAAUACCAAUACGUCUCCUUACUUAUUGUGGAUUGCAUUGUUUCAAAUAUUUAGUUAUUCAGUUAAAAGAUAAAGUUACUGGUGUUUGGAAAUGCACAUUGGCUGCAGAUGCACGUUCAAGGGGAAAGAUUCCUGUGUUUAUAUAGGUUUAGAAGUUGAAAAAUGCUGGGUUGAGCCUGGUCAGUAACUACAGCCAUGAUGCAAUGGAGCCAGACUUGACUCAUGUCGGGUAAAUAAGUUAAACCAGCAGACACAGUCAGGACACUUCCAAACAGUGGCGAUCAGAACUGGGAUGGAGAAAAUGCUUCUGCUGAUGCAUACAUUUCUUCCUCUCCUCUGCUGCAUUUGGAAGCAUUCACACCCAAACAGAUUCAGUGACUGUUCCACCUUCAACGGUCAGAAUAUCCACACAGAGGAGACAAGCAGGUUUACCGCAGUGCCAAGCAAAUGAUUGAUCGAGUGCCAAGUCAGGACACCUGGCUCUAUGCUGCCAAUAUCUUAUUCUAUUGACACUACCCAACAGUGAUCCUCUUGAGAGUCACAGCCUUCAGCCUCCUUCAGCCAACAUGACCAUGGCCUAAUUGAGUCGGCUAUAAGCCUCACAGUGAAAGAACCUUUCUAACUGGUAUCCAAGCGAUAACAAUGUACAUCCUGAUAACUGAAGACCUCCUACACCAGGCCAAGUUAAUUAAUGGGAUGUGUUUGACAAUAUAUAUAAAAUAACAACAGAAAAUGCUGAGGAUAAAUAACAGGUCAGGCAGCAUCUGUGGAGAGACCAUCAUAAGUGGUAAAAGCUGGAGCAUAGCUCUAAGUCACGGAGAAGGGGGGAGUGGGUGGCGAGGAUGUGGGGGGAGCUCUGUGGCAAAAGCAAUGGUGAAGCAGGCUGUUGAACCAACCUUCCAAUGAGACAAUCAGAGGCUGCAGACGGAGGUCAGAGUGGGAGUGGGAUGGAGAAAUGACAUGACAAGCAGGUGGAUAGUCCUGCCUGUGGAUCUUAGGGAGGAGAUAGAAGAAAUCGUCCCGCCACACCCUCCAACCACAUAGAUCCCAACCACUCAUUGUCACCCAACCCACUUCUACCUCCUCCCUAUUUUGCUCUUGAAUGAUAUUUAUGAGAUAUUUGUCAUGGAGUCUUAGAAUUGUACUGUUCAGAAACAGGCCUUUCAGCCCAUCAUGUCCAUGCCGACUGUCGUACCUAUCUAUGCUGAUCUUAUUUACCUGCAUUAGGUCCAUAGCCUUCCAUGCCUUGAUAAUUCAAAUACUUGUUUAGAUGCUUCUUAAAUAUCAUGAGAGUAUCUCCAUCCUUUCAGACAGUAUGUUCCAGAGUUCAAACCCCCUCUGUGUAAAAAAAAUCCCCUCAGAUACCCUCUGAACCUCUGCCUCUCACCUUAAACCUACACCUUCUUGUCUUAUACUCCCCCACCACGGUAAGAAAGAUUUUCACUAUAAACCCUACCUAUCCUCCUCAUAAGUGUAUGCACCUCUAUCAAGUCACCCUUCAGCCUCCUCUGCUCCAGCAAAAGCAAACCCAGCCUGUACAGUCUCCUUAUGACUGAAAUGCUCCGGAUACUCCAAUCCAGGCAAUUUCCUGGUGAAUCUCCUCUGCACCCUCUCCAGUUCAAUCACAUCCAUCUUAUUCCGUAGCAACUAGGACUGCACACAAUAUUCCUGACGUGGCCUAACCAAUGUUUUAUACAGUUAUAACAUGAUGUCUCAGCCCUAUGCAUGGUGGAUGAAGGCAAGCAUCCCAUAUACCUUCGCCACCUUAUCUACUGUGCUGCCACUUUCAGGGAUCUAUGGACUUGUAGCCCAAGAUCCCUCUGUUUUUUAACACUCCCUAGGGCUCUACCAGUACUGUCUAUGUCCUACCCUUGUUUUCUCUCCCUAAAUAUAUCACCACACACUCGUCAGGACUAAAAUCCAUUUGUCAACUUUCCAGCUGAUCUAUAUCAUGCUGUAGACUUUCCUUGCUAUCAACUACGCCACCGAUCUUUGUAUAGUUUGCAAACUUACUUAUCAUUCCUUCUUCAUUUAUAUCCAGGUUGUUAAUGCAUAAUACAAAUGAAAGGUCCCACCACCAAUCCUUGUGGGAAAGAAAAAAAGUGCAUGUUAUGAAAAAGCCUUUCGAAUUAUUACUGAAAGCCACAAUAAAUAUCCAUUUAAACACUAGAGUAGUUGCACUGAAGUGUGGACUUUGAAGUAAAACUCAUCAUCUGCAUAUCAUCACAAAGGAUAAUAACAUUAAAAUAAGGCAUGGACAUUGUUACUCUAAAAUUAACAGAAAGGGAAUAACAUAUGCAAUCUCAUUGGUUACAACUUUACUGCAUGCAAUAUAUAUUUUAAUAAAUUCGUUUACUGGUUCAAAUGUAAUAAUCCAGUAUAUUCAUUCUGUAUUAUCGGAGCAUUCCUUUGUUUGCUGUUGGUGAGGUUUGCUGUGUGCAAUUUGUUUGUGGUACUCCUGCACAGACAAACAAUCCACGGGCUGAAAAAUACUUUUCGAGGACCUAAUAUGGAGUUACAAAACAGUUGCUUUUUUAUGGCCUCUUUCUUUUAAUCCCUUUCUAGCAUACCAUUGGAAGAUAAUUUUCCACAAUUUAGUAAAACUUGAAGUUUAUUGGUAUAAGUAUUGAUUUAAAGAAAUAUAUAACCAUCAUUAACAUUACCAACAAUUAAGAAAUGACAUAUGGCCUUAAUUUAUCAGAUGCGUUUUAUUCUGCACAGCAAAAACCUUAUGGAGAAACACUCGAACCAUUAUACUAAACAUAAACUCCUUAUAUACUUGUCACAUUAAACUGAUCAACUUGUCUUUUCUUUAUCCUUUUGAUUAUUGUAAAAUGUUGAGAAACCUGUAUUUAAUGUUUGGCUAUUAUCACUUUGGAAACUGGUAAAUAUUUAAAAUUAAAAUCAAAUGAGAAACGGAUGUCUAUGUAUGUCAAAGGAAUUUUAAAAUAUGAUACAAAAGACAUUGUACAAUGUAGCUGAAGUUAUUUUGGAGAAAGUUAUUUCACUUGUUGAAAUUGUACAAGAUGAAAAUAGAGAAUAAGCCUCCAUGGCGUACUUAGAGUGAAUUAAUACUUACAAAGUGGUAUUGGUUACUUUAAGGCUCUACACAAGCCACUUUUGCACUACUGUAAAUAUGUAAUUGAAGUUUCUGUACUAAUUUUCAAUGCAAGACCCUCAAAUGUUUGCUUUACACUUCCAUAUCAAUAAAAUGGAGA